CGGCAUCUGAUUACACGGUAAAUCAUCGAUAUGAGCCUGUCUGACCACCAGGAUACAAUUCGAAAGUUGUACCUGGAUGAAAAUAUGAAGCUGGAAAAGUUGAUGCAAUACAUGGAAACAAGAUUCGGGAUAAGGGCCAGGUACGAACCUGCUCGGCUUUGACAGCCUUACUAAUUCUGCUCACAGCCAAAAUGCCUAUCAAUACCAAUUUAAGAAAUGGGGCUUUCGCAAGAACAAGACCAGGGAUGUGUGGAUAUGGGCUGAUCAUCAAAAGGAGACGCGCAAAGCCAGUGCAGGUCAGAAGGAGAUCGAGAUUCACUUUAAUGGUACGGUGAUCAGUGACACACAAGUUCGGAAAGAAAUCGCCCGCAAUGUCACCACCAUGGACCGAAUUCGAGCGCGCGCUGCCAGUCCUGCUACACCACAGGGUUAUAGCGCUUCCACGCCGAAUGGGUCAAUCUCAAACCAGCCCCAUGUUCCCGACGCAGUUACCACAGCCGAGUCAGAUCUCAAUGCCGUACAAAACAACGACAGUGACCGUAAAAUAUUGGCAGAGAUAAUGCGAGACAGUAUCUCAGAAGACAGUGAAAUCCGGGCAAAUCUCUGCAAGCACUAUGAUCGCGCUUUCUUGGGCGGCAUUGCUGAUACUAUGGUCGACGGUAAAAGUAUUUAUGAAAACAUCGUCAAAGACAUCGCCAAUGAGAUAUCCAGAGGAACGGGGAAUGAGGCAUACAAUACAUACAUUGGUGAUGGUGUCCUCUCUGCCACUGUGAGUAUUUUGAAGGCAGCAUACAACGACGAUCUUGCAAGUCUCCGUACUGCACUGGAUUGGGGCAAACAAACAGCUCCCAAUGCCUUUGACGAAAUAGUAUUCAUAGCUCGGUUUGUGGCAGCGAGGUUUGGUCGCAUGAAUAUAGCAAAAAUACUCUUCACCAUCCGGGAUCAUUGUGUUCAACGCGAUAACGAAGAAAAUACCUGCCUUCAUUUAGCCGCACUUUUCAACCAUCCCGAGAUGGUCAAAUUUCUGAUAACCCGGCAAUCAGACAUCGAGAGUAGAAACAAAGACGGCCACACCCCAUGGACACAGAUUGGAAGCUCUGAGGAGCACGAGAGAGUCUCCCAACUUCUGAUCGAGGCCGGCACAGAUGUCAAUUGUAAAGUGGAUGGUACCCAUCUUCUUCACGAUUUUGCAGGAAGAGGCGAGGCAAAUAAAGUGCUUCUCUUGCUUCAGCGGGGAGUAAACCCAUGUCUCCGCGUUCAGGGAUCGACUGCUCUGCAAUUUGCUGUACAGAACGGGGAUUUGGAAACCAUUAGAAUACUUGAAGAGGCUACCAAGAACUGCAACAACGUCUCGCAUGAGAAAAAAGAUCAGGCGGCGAAAUCAAGAUCGAGGCCAGACAUAACAGAUUACUUUCCACCUGGGACUUCAACCAUUCCCAUACUGAGAGAUCACCAUCAUCCACGUCGCUCAGAGUAGUGGUUGUCAAUCAAUCAAUACUCUCAAGGGGUGAAUAAUUCUAGUUCAGACUAGUCGAUCCACUUUAGCUAGUAUUUCACUUGUGUGAGACAUCGACGAUCAUAGAUUUCCCAGCCUGAGCUGAAUACAAACCUGUUUGACAGAUUGGAAGCCUGCUUUCACAACCCACCUGAAAGUUGCCUUCCGAAAUUAGUCAUUUCGAUCAGUCCAUCAUCCAUUGGGCUUGAUAUUUAG